AUGGCUAGCAAAUCUUACAACAUCGGCAUUGUCGGCUACGGCUUCAGCGCAAAGAUCUUCCACAUUCCCUUCGUGAAGGAAGUUCCCGAGCUCAACCUCUACGCAAUUGUCCAGCGCACCCCGAAGCAGGACGAUGAUGCUGAGAAGGACCACCCCGGUGUCAAGUCUUUCCGCACUACUGAGGAGAUGGUCCAGGACCCCGCAGUGGACAUCGUGAUCAUCACUACUGCUCCGGAUUCGCACUUUGAUCUGUGCAAGCUGGCGCUGGAGGCCGGCAAGCACGUCGUCUGCGAGAAGCCUUUCACUCCAACUGCCAAGGAAGCCGAUGACCUUAUCGCCAUUGCGAAGAAGAACAACAAGCAGCUCGCUGUGUUCCAGAAUCGCCGCUUCGAUGCCGACUUCGUGACCCUCUCCAAGCUUGUCAAGAGUGGCUCGCUCGGCCGUAUCUCCGAGUUCGAAUCCCACUUCGAUCGCCACCGUCCCGAGGAGCCCGCUGCCGGCGCCCACAAGUGGAAGAACCAGGUCAUGCCUGGUGGAUCUGCGGUCUAUGACCUUGGAGCUCACCUGCUGGACCAGGCCGUGGUUCUCCUCGGCAAGCCCCAGCGACUGACUGGCUUUGUUGGCUCCGCGCGGGAGGUCAACUCUUCCGGAUACGAGGACACUUUCACCGUUCUGCUGCACUAUGCCAACGGCACUAUGGUCACCACCAAGGCGACCGUAGUCAGCCCCGAGGAGGAGCAACUGCGCUUCUGGGUGCGUGGUGAGAAGGGUAGCUUCAAGAAGUACCACCUUGAUAUCCAGGAAGAUCAGCUCAAGGCCGGCGUCAUGCCCGCCGAUAAGGGCUACGGCCGCGAGCCCAGUGAGCGUUACGGCAGCUUGACUACCAUCCAAGGUGACAAGCCUGUCAAGGAGGUUUUUCCCACCGUGGAACCCCCUACCUACACCGAGUACUACCGCAAACUUGUCCGCGCUCUCAAUGGCGAGGGACAGCUUCCUGCCAGUGGUGAGGAGGCUCGCGAGAUCAUUCACUUGAUCGAGUUGGCUCGUGAGAGCUCCCGCACUGGACGUACCUUGGAUGUCUAA